AUGCUCUCAUUACUUUCCCCAAGCCUGCUGUGCUUCGGUCUGGCGUCGACUGUCUUCGGGCAAUUCGUCCCAGCACCCACGGAUCUGAUCACUAAGAAAGGCUACGCUGGUAUCGAUGUACGAUAUAAAGAGGUGCCGGCUGGCAUAUGCGAACUGGAUCCCAAUGUGAAGAGCUACUCCGGUUACGCCGACAUUGCUGAGAACGAGCACGUUUUCUGGUGGUUUUUCGAAGCACGCAACGAGGACCCAACUACAGCACCGCUCACAGUAUGGAUCAAUGGAGGCCCUGGAUCUUCUUCUAUGAUUGGCCUCUUCCAAGAACUUGGUCCUUGUGGGAUUGACGCCGACGGAGCUCCUUACAACAACCCAUAUUCGUGGUCUAACGCGAGUAACAUGCUCUUCAUCGACCACCCUACCCAAGUUGGCUUCUCUUAUUCUAUCCCGAUUCCUGGAUACAUAGACAACAAUAAUCAGAUCAUCCAGCUACCUGAUACUACUUGCCCCGAAUACGCUCAGGGUUAUGGGACUUGCGGCACUUAUUCUAAACCCGAUCCAACCUUGACAGCAAACACCACCCAAGGUGCAGCUCCGAGCAUGUGGAAGACAUUGCAAGGAUUCAUGGGCGCGUUCCCCCAGUACUCUCGCCAUGGAUUUUCUUUCACGACUGAGAGCUAUGGCGGUCAUUACGGCCCCGUCUUCAAUGAAUACAUUGAGCAACAGAACGCGAAGGAUAUUCCCGGUGCUCACAAGAUCCAUUUAGAGAAUGUGCUGAUCGGAAACGGGUGGUACGAUCCCUUGAUCCAAUACCAAGCGUACUACAACUACACCGUCUUCCCCGGAAACACUUAUGACUACGAUCCAUACAACGCCAGCGUCAAGGCAGAGUGGUACAACAACCUGUACGGUCCCGGCAACUGCGUUGAUCAGACCAAGCAUUGCUACGCCACCGGCGAAAAUGACGUCUGCAGCGCUGCUGACAACUUCUGCUACCUUGCAGUUGAGUACCUGUAUGACCUUUACGCCGACCGGGAUGAGUACGAUAUGCGGGAGUUGAACAUGGAUCCGUUCCCGUACAACUACUACGUCGCCUAUCUUAACACGCCGGAGGUCCAGAAGGCUAUUGGGGCUUACCAGAACUUCUCGGACAGUUCUGUCACUGUUUCGACUGCAUUUGGAACCACUGGCGACGAUGAUAGGGAGUCUGGCACCAUUCAGGCAGUGCAAAAGCUACUUAAGCAAGGCGUGCAAGUAAUGAUGUACUUCGGAGAUGCGGAUUUCAAUUGCAAUUGGCUAGGCGGUCAAGUCGUCGCCGAGGAGAUUUGCGCACCUGGCUACUCCAGCGCCGGAUUCGUCAACCUCACGACCUCUGAUGGAAUCGUUCACGGCCAGGUCAGGCAGAGCGGCCUCUUCAGCUUCGUCAGGAUUUUCGAGUCCGGACACGAAGUGCCCUUCUACCAACCACUCUCCGCACUCACAAUCUUCGAGCGAGCACUGGCUCAGAAGGACAUUGCUACCGGCGAGCUCAAGGUCACGCCCAAGUACAAGACUGUUGGCACGCCUACGAGCAGUUACAGGGAAGGUAAUGGCACAAUACAGUUGGAGGUACUACCUGGAAAUUCGACUUACAAUACUGUGCUCAACGGUCCCGACCCAACACCGACACCCAUCAGCAUUAGCCCGCCUACGGCGAAGAAGGCGAAGAGGGAGUUCAGGAAGAACGGGAAACCCAAGAAGCCUCGCUCAGGGUGA